AAUCUCAAUGUAAUGUAGUAAUAAGUAAAUCAAAGCAAUACAAGAAGAAAAUGAAAAAGAAAAAAAUCCCAUGAUAACAUUGACAAUAUUAAUAAAAACUGCUUGGAUUCGUGGUAAAAUAAUACAAACUUUAACUGUCAGUGUUAGCAGUGUGGUGGAGGCAGUGGUGUGGUGAGGAGGAAUAGAGGCCGGUGUGGCUGUGGGUGUGGCCGGUGAACACUCUCGGUCUGGCGGCUUGUCUCCAGUCAGUCAGUCGGUGUGGAGGAGAGCGGACGCAGAGGAGCGACGCACCGCACUGGGACCCUGGAUCUGUACCCACGCUCACGUACAUACUCCACACGUUAGAAGCCGACCUACAGGCAGGAGCGCAGCGCAGCAGCAUGCUGCUGUGACGGCAGAGGGCCAACCCGGACCUGCGCCCCAAUCAAUUCCCACCAAAAUCCACCAAAUUCACCUGUGUUAGUCACCGCAGCUGCGAGCUGUUCGCCGGACAUGGAGACUGGAGUCUGGCUGCUAAUGGCUGCUCACUUCAUCCUCAUCUGCCAACAAGCUGAAGGAUACAGCUACCGAAAUCAACGCAAGUUCUCCGAAGACAUCGACUGGUCGUACGCAGGAACAUUAAACCAAAACAACUGGGCCAAAAAAUUUCCCUCGUGCAGCAACGCGAAGCAGUCGCCCAUCAACAUUGAGGAGGACUUGGCCCAGGUGAAGCUUCAGUACCAGAAGCUGCAGUUUGAUGGUUGGGAGAGUCUGACAUCCGAGGGGACGACCAUCAAAAAUGACGGCAAGACGGUGGCAGUGGACGUGGAUGGAGAGUUUUAUGUCAGUGGAGGAGGCCUCAGGUCAAGGUUCAAGGUUGGACGGAUCACCUUCCACUGGGGGCGCUGCAACGCUUCGUCAGAGGGAUCCGAACACAGUUUGGAUGGCGUUAAAUUCCCUUUAGAGAUGCAGAUCUUCUGUUACGAAGCUGAACGUUUUGACUCCUUAGAUGAAACCAUCAAGGCUGGAGGCAGAAUCACUGCACUGGCUGUGCUGUUUGAGACGAGCAGAGAAGACAACGACAACUACGCACCCAUCAUAGACAGCAUUCUCCGAGUGAGCAGAUUUGGUAGGUCCACGUCUCUUCUCCCCAUUUUUAUUUAUUGUCUGCUGCCCAAUUCCACACAGAAGUAUUUCAUCUACAACGGCUCUCUGACCACACCACCCUGCAGUGAGAUCGUGGAGUGGAUUGUAUUUAAGGACAAGGCGGACAUUUCUGACCAACAGCUGGAGAUGUUCUGCGAGGUGAUGACCAUGCAGCAGGCCGGAUACGUGAUGCUGAUGGACUACCUGCAGAACAACUACAGGGAGCAGCAGCAGCAGUUCAUGGGACAGGUGUUCGCCUCCUACACGGGCACGGAGGAGGUUGCCACGCCAGUUUGCAGUUCAGAGCCAGAGAACAUACAGGUGGCGCCCUACAACCUCAGCAGCCUGCUCGUGACGUGGGAGCGUCCUCGAGCUGUGUACGACGCGAGCAUCGAAAAAUAUUCUGUCAGCUACAGAGUGGUCAACGCUGAAAACACUGCCCCCACGAUAUAUCUGACAGACGGAGACCAAGAUGUGGGGGCAAUAUUGGACGAUCUGUUAGCCAACACCAGCUAUGUGCUCCAGGUGGUGGCGGUUUGCACCAACGGCCUGAACGGACGUGUGAGCGACCAGAUAUCGGUCCUAAUGCCCGUCAGUGAACCUGACAAUACACUGGAUCCAGAUUCAGAAGAAUAUAAUAAUGAGGACACUUAUGAACCUGAUCCUUCAUGGAAUGACUCCUUGGAAUCUGACGAGGACGACCUGUCCUGGUUUCCUGAACCCUCACCAAGAACCACGAUGUCUCCAUUACCUUUUUUACCAGACAUCACAACAACCACCGUUGAUUCCUCUUCAAGAAAAACUAGCACUGAUCCUGAACCUCCUCUGGUCAAAGCCACACAAUUUGGUCAAGUCCUGAGCCAUUCAGACGAGAAAGUUGGCAGCACUACCCCUACUCUGCCACCAGGCGUCACUGUGCCACCAGAAACUAGAGAAAAUGAAGAUUUUCUCGGCAACGUUCCGUUUUAUUCCACAACCAAAAGUGCAGUUAACGAAUUAUUUAUUUCCACUUCAAAAACUAAUUUAAAUUCCAAUACACGGACAGAUGGCGGUGUUGCAGACAGCGGUGCACAAGGUGGUGCUACUACUACAGCAACUACUGCGUAUACAACUUCAAACUCUAGAGGUAGUUUCAGUAGUACAACAACGUCCAGUCCACCAUUAGCCAAUGCAAAGCCAAAAGAUGGUUUCAGCUCCACAACUACUCCGUCAUUCACUACUGCAAACUCAAGAGGAGGUUUCAUUACAACCACUGCUGCUGCAUUUAGUACUGCACAGCCCAAAGUUGGCUUCAGUACUACAACUAGGACUACUUCACCACUGGCCAAUGCAGUGAUGAAAAAUAACAUCACUACAACCACAGCUGCAGCAUUUACAAGUGCCAGGACAAAAAGUGGUUUGACUUCUACAACUCGUACUUUCACGACUGCAAAACCAAAAGGUUUCAGUGUUUCAUCAAACACGUUGACUACGACCACGGACAGUUCUCAUCUCUUUGACCUGAGCAGGACCACAACACCAGCCGUGGUCACGGCCAGGACUGAUGAUAGACCGGAAGACGUCAGGCCUGAAGGAGGUCUUUCAGAGAUCCCGUCUGAGACCUCCUCACCUUCAUCCUCUCGCGAGACCGUUACUCAGUUUUCUACAAGUUCCACCUCAACCCAUGUCCAGUUGAGUGCUGUUCUCUUGCAGACAUCAAAAUCUAUGUCCAACGGUGAGAGCCCCUCUACCCCCCCAUCCUCUUCGUCCUCCUCCUUCACCUCCUCCCCCUUGUGUGACACCGUGGACCCUCCUACCUGCCUGACUGACCCUCUUUCCUCGCCCUGGCCUGUGUUGUCUGCCUCAGCGUUGGAUACCCAGCAUGCCUCUGCUACUGCACCACUGUUUAGCUUUGAUCCAGCUUCUCCUGCAAAUCCUCCGCUUGCUACCUCCACCCUGACUCACCCCCUUCAAUCCUUGCAACCCCUGUCUGGUUGGGACUCCGUCUCCCCUGGUGUUCGGUUUGAUGAUAACGAUAGUGAUAGUGAUUUUUUGUUGUCUGGCUCUUCGUCUUCCUCGUUCUCCUCAGGUGAUCCUUUAGUGUUUAGUGGCACCCAACAUGUGCUAACGGUGCCGGAUCUCUCAGACACCACCGUCACUGCCCAGCCCUUUUUGGAUCCAUCCACCGCCUCCCUGUCUCUCAGCCCAACCCUUCAGCCCUCAGUCUUUGUUUCUAGUGACUACACCCUGUCUGGUGUGACCCCAGGUUUAUCCAGCUCUGUCACAGGUGGGUCUGACGACUCAAGGUACGCCACAGGGACCACAAUAGAAUCAUUUCUCUCUGAGUUCAGUGGUGAUGGGUUUACUUUUGCCAGCAAUGACGUCCCUGUGUGUGGCUGUUCUCUGGAGCCGUCAACACUCCCGUCCUUGUUGCAUGCCUCACCUGAUGUCCCGCUGUCGUCCUCAGUCUGGGACUUAGAUCUUUACUCAAGCGUUGGUUUCUCUUCAGACUUUGGUGUUGGUGUAGAUGUCCGUCAUUCUGUAUCUGUGGUGGGUUCUAAUGUUUUGCUUACAGAUGAGCCUCUGCUCUCACAUAGUGCUGUUUCAACCUCAUCGUCCUUUUUACACUCCCAGCUUCUCAGAGCCACCCACAGUGACCUGCCCGUUUCUGUUGCAGCCACAGGGUCUGACGUCAGGACUCCCGGUUUCUCAGCGUCAGAUGGGAACUCUGUCCUCCAUAUCUCUGGCCACCUUUCCUCCCCCACAUCCUCCCCUUACACCUCCACUACAGAGGGGCAGAUGUUAGAUAUGAGCAGCAGUGCCUCUGGCUCAGCCCUGUUCCCUGACUCUCAGGAAGGUGUAGAUCAGGAGUGGGAUAGGGUGCAGACUUCAGGCUCGGGUGAGGGCUCGGUAACUUAUUCAACCCAAGUUGCUUACACUAGUCCCACAUCUACAACUUCAGAGUCUGGUCAGAAUCCAGAUGAUCUGGAUGAAAUUUCGUCCUCGGCCUUUUAUUUUGAAAGCGAGAGUGGCAGUGCCAUCACCUCAGAGGUAGGAAGCACCACAUCUCCGACCGUUCCUGCUAUGUCCUCACCGUCACCCUGGUCACUGGGUGGGGAGGAGGAGAGUGGCUCAGGGCAGAGUGAAAGCCUGUACGACAAUGAGACGUCCUCUGACUUCAGUAUCCCCGAGCGCACAGAAAGAGAGUCGGAGGAGGAGGAGGAGCCAGUGGCAGAUGUCAGUAACAGCAGCCAUGAAUCGCGGGUUGGUUCCAUGUGGGACAAAGAGAGAAAAGCCGUGGUUCCCCUGGCUGUCAUCUCCACCCUCACCGUCAUCGGGCUUAUUAUUCUGGUCAGCAUCCUCGUCUACUGGAGGACCUGUUUCCAGACAGCACACUUCUACAUCGAUGACAGUUCUUCGCCAAGAGUGAUCUCUGCACCUUACAUGGCAACAUCGGACAAACAAAUGGAGGAAAAUGUCAAGGACUUUGUCAAACAUGUUGCUGAACUCCAUGACACCCAGGGCUUUCAGAGAGAGUUUGAAAUUCUGAAGGAGAGCUACGAGGAGGUGCAGACCUGCACGGUGGACAUGGAAAUGACCACAGACGGCUCCAACCACCCAGACAACAGGACCAAAAACAGAUACAGCAACAUCCUGGCCUAUGACCACAGCCGAGUGCGUCUGUCAACAUCGGCCGACAGAGACCAGAAGACGAGCGAUUACAUCAACGCAAACUUUGUGGAUGGUUAUAAAAAGACCAGGUCCUAUAUCGCUGCUCAGGGUCCACUGAGAUCCAGCACCGAGGACUUCUGGAGGAUGAUCUGGGAGCAAAACGUGGGCAUUAUUGUCAUGAUCACAAACCUGGUGGAGAACGGAAGAAGGAAGUGUGAUCAGUACUGGCCGACGGAGGUGCAGGAGGAGUACGGCAGUUUCCUGGUGACCACAAAGAGCAGCCAAGUCCUGGCCUACUACACUCAGAGGACGUUCAGUGUCAGGAACACACAGGUCAAAAAGGGCUCAGUGAAGGGACGCAACCAUGAGCGAACAGUUCUUCAGUACCAUUACACCCAGUGGCCUGACAUGGGGGUCCCAGAGUUCGCUCUGCCACUGCUGAGCUUUGUUCACAAAUCAUCCAGUCACAAUCAUCCACAGGACGUGGGUCCAGUGGUGGUACACUGCAGUGCUGGUGUGGGCCGGACCGGAACCUACAUCGUCCUGGACAGUAUGUUGAAACAGAUCAGAGAAGAAGGCACCGUCAACAUCACAGGCUUCCUCAAACACAUCCGAACACAGAGGAACUACCUGGUCCAGACUGAGGAACAGUAUGUUUUUAUCCACGAUGCCCUGGUAGAAGCCAUAGUCUCAGGUGAGACGAAUGUUGCUGCAGCUCAGUUACACAGGUAUGUUGACGAGCUGCUGACCCCAGGGCCUGCUGGGAAAACACGCCUGGACGCCCAGUAUAAGCUGCUUUGUUCGUCUGGAUUAAAACAAAGCGACUACUCAACGGCGCUCCUCGACUGCAAUCACAGCAAGAACAGAAACUGCUCUGUUUUACCUGUUGAGAGACACCGAGUUCGUCUGUCUACCUCUGCAGGAGAAACGUCCGACUACAUAAAUGCUUCAUAUGUUGCAGGUUACAGGCAGAGCAAAGAGUUUAUCAUUACCCAGAAUCCCUUGGUUUCAACUACAAAGGACUUUUGGAGGAUGAUAUGGGACCACAACACUCAGAUCAUUGUAUCACUGCGGGGAAACCCAGCUGGUGGGGUCAUCGAUGAGGAAGUGAAGGACGAGGAGGAGGACACAGAGUCCUGCGUCUUCUGGCCCACAAAGGGAAAACCACUAACAUACGAGAUGUUCUCCGUCACACAGAGAAGAGAAGACCUCAUCUGUCUGACCAACGAGGAUGUGCUGGUGGUGGAAGAGUAUGUUCUGGAAGCUAAACAGGACGACUACAUUUUGGAGUUAAAGCACUACCGCGCACCCUGCUGGCCAAACCCAGACAGCCCUGUUAGCAACACCUUUGAACUCCUCAACCUUGUCAAAAAGGAGAGCACUACAAAGGACGGACCUAUCGUAGUCCACGAUGAUGUGGGUGGAGUCACAGCAGGAACUUUCUGCUCACUGCUGUCUCUGACUCGUCAGCUGGAGGCUGAAGGUUCUGUCGACAUCUUUCAAACGGCAAAACUGACAACCCUCAUGAGGCCAGGAAUCUUCAAUGACAUGGAGCAGUACCAGUUCUUGUACAAAGCCAUGCUGAGUCUCAUUGGAACACAAGAAGACGAGAAAGUCCUCCAGUCCUCUGACAUCAAUGGUACCAUUGUGGUAGGAAGUGCCAGCACCGCAGAGAGCCUUGAAUCCCUGGUGUGACAACUGUCAGGAAAAUAAUAAUAAUAACAAUUUAAAAAAAAAAACCCUCAAACUCAAAAAACAGAAGAAACAGAAGAAUGUUCUUUAUUUGUAACCGAGGCUGUAAGGCAGACGUCAGAAAAACUGUCUCUUUUCUAUCUGGACAGCCAUGAUUUUGUAAUUUGUGCCUUUUUUGUAUUUUUAUCCUUUAUGUCUAACUUUGAUACAAGCUGUAAACUAACUGAUGUUUUAAUGUUGUAACGUUUCACUCGGCUAACGAACACCUUCCUGAACCUUUGUAUUUAUUGGCACUGAGCCCAAAGGGAAAAA